UGGCGAUAGGGGAAAAGCUUCUUUCUCAGAUUCGCAUUCGGAUAUUGGAAGGGAAGGAUUUGCAGUCAGGAAGUUGAAACCAAACAUCACAUUGGGAUCUGACAGAGUCACCCAAUUUAUCAUAACCAGAAUAUCAUCGGAAUUUGAACAUGGAAGGGAAAAGCACCAUUCACAGUGGAGAGAAACCGUACACGUGUUCUGUGUGUGGACGAGGCUUCAGCCGAUCAUCUAACCUAUCAAAACACAAAUGCAGCCACAACAGGGAGAAACUGUGGAAAUGUGGAGACUGUGGGAAGGGAUAUAAUUAUCCAGUUCAGCUGGAAAGUCACAGGCGCUCUCACACUGGGGAGAGGCCAUUCACCUGCUCUGACUGUGGGAUAGGUUUCACUCGAUCAUGCCACCUGACAAGACACCAACGAGUUCAUACUGGGGAGAGGCCGUUCACCUGCUCCGAGUGUGGGAAGGGAUUCACUCAGUCAUCCAACCUGCUGACACACCGGCGCAUUCACACUGACGAGACACGUUUUAAAUGUCCAGACUGUGGGAAGUGCUUCAGAAGUUCUGGGGACUUGAUGUCCCAUCAAAAUGUUCACACUGAUGAGAGACCGUUCAGGUGCUCUCACUGCGGGACUGGGUUCAGAUGGUCAUCUCAACUCACUGUACACCAACGACUUCACACUGGAGAGAGACCAUUCACCUGCCCCGAGUGUGGGAAGGGAUUCACUCGGUCAUCCCACCUGGUGACACACCGGCGCAUUCACACUGGGGAGACACCGUUUACCUGCUCCGAUUGUGGGAAGGGAUUCACGCAGUUAUCCACCUUGCUGAUACAUCAGCAAGUUCACACUGGGAAGAGGCCGUUCAUCUGCUCCAAGUGCGGGAAGGGAUUCACUCGGACAUCCGACCUGCUGACACAUCAGCAAGUUCACACUGGGGAGUGGCCAUUCUCUUGCCACGUGUGUGGGAAGGGAUUCACUCGGUCCUCCAGGUUGCUGAUACACCAGCGAGGUCACACUGGGGAGAGACCUUUUAAAUGCCCAGACUGCGGGAAGUGCUAUAAAAGUUCUGGGGUCUUGAUGUCCCAUCAACGUGUUCACACUGACGAGAGACCGUUCAGGUGCUCUCACUGUGGGACUGGGUUCAGGAGGUCAUCUCACCUCACUGAGCACCAGCGAGUUCACACUGGGGAGAGACCAUUCACCUGCUCUGAGUGUGGGAAGGGAUUCACUCAGUCAUCCACCCUGCUUACACACCAGCGCAUUCACACUGGGGAGAGACCAUUCCCCUGCUCCUUGUGUGGGAAGGGAUUCACUCGGUCAUCUGACCUUCUGAGACACCAACUCACGCACACUGAGGAGAGGCCGUUCACCUGCUCCAUGUGUGGGAAAGGAUUCAUUAAUUCAUCAGACCUUCGGACACACCAGCGAGUUCACACUGGAGAGAGGCCGUUCACCUGCUCCGCCUGUGGGAAGGGAUUCACUCAGUCAGCCCACCUGCUGGCCCACCAGAGAGUUCACACUGGGGAGAGGCCAUUCACCUGCUCUGAGUGUGGGAAGGGAUUCAUUCAUUCAUCCGACUUUUUGAUACACCAGCGAGUUCACACUGGGGAGAAGCCGUUCACCUGCUCCAUGUGUGGCAAAAGAUUCUCCCGAUUAUCCCUGCUCAAGGCACACCAACUGGUUCACACUGAUCAGAGACCUUUUAGAUGUUCUGACUGCGAGAAGAGCUUUAAAAGCAGGUGUAAAUUGCUGGCACACCAAUGUACGCACACUGGGGAGAGGCUGUUCACUGGCACCGAGUGUGGGAAGGGAUUCGUUCAUUCAUCCGACUUUUUGAUACACCAGCGAGUUCACACUGAGGAGAAGCCAUUCACCUGCUCCGUGUGUGGCGAGUUCAGAAUUGACUGCAGGGGUUGGAUUCUGCUGUUGUUAAUCACAUCCAGGACUGAACCCUGUUCAUUCUGAAAGUUGGUAUUUCUUUCUUGUUGUUAAUAACUGAACUGAAGUUUAAUAUUCUGGUUAUAUAUCAAAUA